ACUGCAACUAUCUUCUUCGUAUUUAAAAUCCGUGCAGUCCCAACUUCCCCAACUCAACUUGUGCAUUCUUUACCCGUCCUGCCACCAUCUCAACUCGCCGGCCUCUUCCUUCUCUCUCGCCGGUUUCCUUCUCUACCCGGCUACCUCCACUACUGAUUCAACAUUUUUCUUCAAAUACCUGAAGCGAUAACCGCUUUAUCCUAUUCCCCCUUGGUAAACCUCCGUUUCCUUGCCAAUUGUCAUUCAUAUCUGGCCAUUUCGUUGACCAAGAAGAAACCAUGGAGACUCUCAUGAGUCUCAUAUCUACCGUGAAGAACGUGCUCCGAGUCGGCGAUCUGACCGGUCUUUUGUAUUAAUUCAUUUCCUUAUGCAUUCCUUCUGCUGCGUGUUCACCAUGUGCGAGCAAUCCCCGGCGCUCCGCCACAUACCGCCUCUCCCCGAGGCCACGUCGGCAAGAUACGAUUCUAGUGCCCGAACCGGAAACAAACAAAUCCACGGCGACAAUAACGGGGAUUACGGAAGGAUAUUGACCAAGCCGCGAACGACGGCUUCGCCGGCGACGGUGUCUCACUCGGCAAGGGAGCAGCCGGUGGACGUGAAGAUCAAUGAUAUAGUGGGGAACGGGGUCUCGGGGAUACUUUACAAGUGGGUGAAUUACGGGAAAGGAUGGAGGCCGCGGUGGUUCGUCUUGCAGGACGGCGUUUUAUCGUACUAUAAGAUUCAUGGACCCGAUAAGAUCGUGGUGAAUCGAGACACCGAGAAAGGAUCGAAGGUCAUCGGCGAGGAGUCUAUACGAAGGAUUUCGAGGUACCAGAAUGGAACCUCGCAUUCGCAGCAACAACUUCCCCGCAAACCCUUCGGCGAAAUUCAUCUCAAGGUUUCCUCAAUUCGUGAAAGCAAAUCAGAUGACAAAAGAUUCUCGAUUUUCACUGGCACAAAGAAGCUCCAUCUAAGGGCUGAGAUGCGUGAAGAUCGAGAAGCGUGGAUGGAGGCAUUGCAAGCUGUGAAGGACAUGUUCCCACGGAUGUCAAACAGCGAGCUGAUGGCUCCCAUAGAUAAUUUCACUAUGUCAACCGAGAAGCUGAGACAGCGGCUUUUGGAAGAGGGUGUUGGAGAGGCAGCCAUCCAGGACAGCGAGCAAAUCAUGAGGAGCGAGUUUGCGGUGCUGCAGAGCCAACUAGUGCUGCUAAAGCAGAAACAGUGGCUCCUCAUUGACACGUUGCGGCAGCUAGAGACAGAAAAGGUUGAUCUGGAGAAUACGGUGGUUGAUGAGAGCCAAAGACAGUGCAAUGAUCAAGGGGCUUCUUCUAGAUUAAGGCAAGACAAAUUCAGUGCAGAAAGAAGUCCUAGUGAAUCUGAAGAUGAUAAUGAAAGGGUUGAUGCUGCGGAGGAAGAAACAGAUGAUGAAGAAAAUACAUUUUUUGACACUCGCGACUUUCUGUCAUCCAGCUCGUUCAAAAGUAAUGGGUCUGAUUUGCGGGUAUCAUCUUUCUCUUCUGAUGAUGGUGGUAUUGCAAUUGAACCUGAAGAUGAUGUUGACCCUUCUAUUAGAUCUGUUGGAACUAACUAUCCACAUGUUAAGCGACGUAAGAAAUUGCCUGACCCUGUUGAAAAAGAGAAGGCUGUUAGUCUUUGGUCAAUGAUUAAAGAUAACAUUGGAAAGGAUCUCACAAAAAUAUGUCUUCCCGUUUACUUCAAUGAGCCUCUCUCUUCCCUGCAAAAAUGUUUUGAGGAUUUGGAAUAUUCAUAUCUCAUUGAUCGAGCAUACGAGUGGGGGAAAAGGGUACGUAUGCAAGGUAAUAACCUCAUGAGGAUUCUUAAUGUUGCUGCUUUUGCUGUUUCUGGAUAUUCUUCAACUGAAGGAAGAAUAUGCAAACCAUUUAAUCCAUUAUUAGGGGAAACCUAUGAGGCUGAUUAUCCAGAUAAAGGCCUCCACUUUUUCUCAGAGAAGGUCAGUCAUCACCCUAUGAUUGUUGCAUGUCACUGUGAGGGAACGGGAUGGAAAUUCUGGGGGGAUAGCAAUUUAAAGAGCAAAUUUUGGGGGCGAUCAAUUCAACUUGAUCCUGUUGGUAUUUUGACUUUGGAAUUUGAUGAUGGGGAAGUUUUUCAGUGGAGUAAGGUCACAACAUCAAUAUACAAUCUCAUUUUGGGAAAGCUGUAUUGCGAUCACUAUGGUACAAUGCGCAUACAAGGAAAUUAUGAUUAUUCAUGUAAGCUGAAAUUCAAGGAGCAGUCGAUCAUUGCCCGAAAUCCUCAUCAGGUACAUGGUGUAGUUCAAGACAGGAAUGGAAAAACAGUGGCAACUCUCUUCGGAAAGUGGGAUGAAAGUAUGUAUUAUGUGAUAGGAGACUCUUCUGGGAAGGGGAAAGGAUGGGAGUCUUUAUCAGAUGCCUGCCUGCUCUGGAAGCGAAGCAAGCCUCCCGAAUUUCUCACUAGAUAUAACUUAACACGCUUUGCCAUCACAUUGAAUGAGCUCACCCCUGGACUGAAGGAAAAGUUGCCGCCUACGGAUUCAAGGCUAAGACCUGAUCAAAGGUAUUUGGAAAAUGGAGAGUAUGAAAUGGCAAAUGCAGAGAAAUUGCGUUUGGAGCAGCGGCAACGGCAGGCUCGAAGGAUGCAAGAGCGGGGAUGGAAACCACGGUGGUUUGUGAAAGAUAAAGGGAGUGAUACAUACCGCUAUAUUGGUGGGUAUUGGGAAGCCAGAGAACGGGGACAGUGGGAUUCAUGUCCUGAUAUCUUUGGCCAUAUCCCAUCUGAUCAGCAGUCCGAGUAAGUUCAAAUUUUUCUCAUUGUAGCAAAUGACUGCACGUGUGAUCUGUAAAGGUGCCCCACGGCAUGCAUGAAAGUUAGGUGAAAGUUGGUAGAAGGAAAUAAUAGAAAAUUUUGUACCAUCUGUAUCCUUCAAUUGAUUAUUAAAAGAUACGGCACGAUCCUGGUGCGAGAGGAAUGAUACUACCGAUGGGUCGAUUUAGAAAAUCACAACCACAGAAUGAGAGAGCAAAGAACCAUUGAAGAAUUUACAGGCAUUAUUUCCAGAAAUGUAAUGACUGAAGCUGGAGAUCGUUGAAAUUACCUAUAGAAUGGUGCAGCACCCAUCAUGUGUAAUAGAGCAUCAUAACUGGUACUGCAUUAUGUUGACACUCCUUGUGGCAGUCAGUUUCUGUUUGUACAAAAAGGAAACAUUAUUCAUUAUUGUAACACCCCUCUUCUUCUUACAGUUAAGAAUAAAGUCACUUUUA